AUGGCCCCUCAAGAUAGCUUUAUUGAUGACGACGAGGAGUCCUGUCCUCUCUGUGUAGAAGAGUUCGAUCUUUCAGACAAGAACUUUCGACCAUGCCCCUGUGGCUACCAGAUUUGCCAGUUCUGCUUCAACAACAUCAGACAAAAUCUUAAUGGAUUAUGCCCAGCAUGCCGAAGACCCUACGAUGAUAAGACAAUAGAGUGGAAAGUUGUGACACCAGAGGAGAUUGCACGAUUCAAAGCCGAGACCCAAAAGAAGGCAAAGAAGAACCAAGAACAACGACAAAAGGAGGCACAAAAGCGAGAGGUGGAAAAUUUGAAUCGUAAACAUCUCUCCGGGCUUCGAGUUCUUCAGAAAAACCUUGUCUAUGUGGUCGGUCUGAGCCCUGGAAUACCCGAACAAGAAAUUCUGUCGACUUUACGAGGUGACAGAUAUUUUGGUCAAUAUGGCAAAAUUGUCAAAAUUGUGGUCAGCAAUAAGAAAACCAAUGAGUCGGGCCCCAACGGACAAUCCUUAGGGGUAUAUGUAACCUUUGCUCGGAACGAAGACGCUGCGAGAUGCAUAGCUGCAGUGAACGGUUCACAAAACGGCGAACGUGUUCUGCGGGCGCAACUUGGGACCACGAAGUACUGUUCAGCAUACUUACGGAACGAAACCUGCACUAAUAAGAACUGCAUGUUCCUUCAUGAACCUGGCGACAACAAUGACAGUUAUUCGAGGCAGGACCUGUCGUCUCUCAAUAGUGUCAAUACACAACGACCCCUUCCAGUUACAGCUUCUACGUCUGCAGCAUCAUCGUCUCGGCAAACCGCCCAAAUUCAAGCCCCUAUUCAACAAGCACAACCUAUUGCUGCUGCCACACAAUCAAUGGUCAGAGACAAUAGCAAGGACGGCUCUGAUAGUGGUGAUGCGUCCGCACUUCCAUCAUCUGCAAGCUGGGCGAAUAGAGGCAUCCCCCAACGAAGCAGGAGAGGGAGUGUUGCCACGAGUGGUGCCGCAUCUAGUCCAGCUUUCUCACAAGCAAUUCCUUCGACCGCUGAAGUUCCCGAACCACCUCCAGAGCAACCUCAAGAUCAACCUGCAGAGCUUAUGAGCGAAGCGUCUCCGUUAGAAGAACCUUCAACAUCUGAACCCCCUCGACCAGCUAGAGACCCAGUUCUACUCGAGCUGCUCAGAGCUAUCAACUCUCCUGAUGUGUGUUACACUAGGACGAGCCAAACUACUGAGUCCUCGUUCCCUCCACUCUUUGAUGCAUUGGGAGGCGAGAAGCGCAAGGCAAUGCGGGAGGGACAACAGGAAGAGGCUCGUUUGCACGUCGAUCAAGAUUCACUGGCCGAUUUACAGUCAGUCGCUGAACCGCUGGAAGAAGAAGCUCCCGAGAGUGGAAGUCUGCAGCUUGGUGGCGAACCCGAAGACAGACACGACAUUAGGGAUAGUAGUCUGCCUAUGGGAUUCAGUCGACGACCAAGUACACAACUUCCAAUCCAGAGAGCAAGCAACGGCGGACCAUUCGGCCCCAGUCUUUCUCAACAAAACUUCUCUCAGAAUUUGGGCAACUUGAAUACAAUUAAUGGUCGAACUUUGACUCCUCAGCAAAUUGAACAAAUACGUCUCGAGGCUGCUAGGCAAUCUCAAUCUCCGAGCUUCGUAGAGCAAUAUCCACCUGGCAUGAGAAACCAACUUACUCAAGGAUCAGCCUUAUUUCAGCAACAGGGUCACAACAGACAGUCUUCUCGAUACAGCUUUGCCAACGAUGGCUCAUCCUCAUCAUCCUCUGUCAAGCCAUCCGCGAAUCCUAAGUUGAUGGCGCAGCAAUCAUCCAUGAUGCCAUCGGCAGCUAGUCAAUUUUACGGCUCUUCAAUGCCUGGUCCACCACCAGGAUUGAAAUCUUCGGGAACACCUCCCAUUGGUGGCAUGUUCGGCCAAGGCUUUGGAGGCUCAAUGAACGGCAAUUCGACUUUCGGCCUCGGGAAGGAUAAUAAUAGUGAUAUGCUUCGGGACAUGCUCCGAAGUCGUGGAGCAGCGGGGGGACAAUCGCACGAAACAGGCAAGCGUGAGUACAUGUUUCCUUCUUUUCUUCAGCAGUACCCAUCUGCCUCCUCCACUCCAGCUCCUGCUUCAGGCCUCCUGGCAUCGCUCUAUGGUCCUCAGACUGGAGCCUUCCACGACUUCGGUCAAAAGCAGAAGAAGAAGGGAAAGAAGCACAGACAUGCUAACACUUCCUCCUCUGGGGGAGGUGGCUUAGUCGAUCUUGCGGACCCGAGUAUCUUGCAGGCGAGAAUGCAGCAGCACCAGCAACAGAGCAAUGCCGGAGUCGGACAGGGACUGUUUGGCGGUCAGGCUCAAGGUGGGUACAAUCCGAGCAUGAUGUACGGCGCGGGAAUGCAGCAUCGCGGGUGGUAG